AUGGCCGAAGCCACUGCUGCCGACGGGCAGAUGAAGGAUCUUUCCAUCUCCCAGACCAAGAAGAGCAAGAAGGAUGGCAACCCUCAGAAAGCCGCGAAGAAGCCCCAACAGCAAAAGAAGAAGAUCGAGGGCUCAGCGCUCAUUGGUAUCGAUGUCGCAAAGGAGACUGACCUAGGAGACUGGUACCAGCAAGUCAUUACCAAGGGACAGAUGAUCUCAUACUACGACGUCGCUGGAUGCUACAUCCUCGAGCCCUCCUCAUACGCCAUCUGGGAGAACAUCAAGUCAUGGUUCGAUGGCCAGAUCAAGACACUCAAAGUCCGAAACGCCUAUUUCCCCAUCUUCAUCAGCGCAGAUAACUUGGAGCGAGAGAAGGAGCAUGUUGAAGGUUUCGCUGCCGAGGUCGCGUGGGUGACCAAGGGUGGAAAGUCUGACCUUGAGAAGCCCGUUGCUGUGCGCCCUACCUCAGAGACCGCCAUGUACCCCUACUUCGCGCGCAAGAUCCAGUCGCAUCGCGAUCUGCCCCUGAAGCUGAACCAGUGGAACAACGUUGUUCGGUGGGAGUUUAAGCACCCCAUGCCCUUCAUCCGAUCGCGCGAGUUCUUAUGGCAAGAAGGCCACACCGCACAUCUUACCCAGAAAGAGGCGAGCGAUGAGGUACUACAAAUUCUGGACUGGUACUCUGAUGUUUACCAGGAACUGCUUGCCGUUCCCGUAGUGAAGGGAACAAAGACCGUCAACGAGAAGUUCCCCGGAGCUGACUACACCACAACCGUCGAGGGGUUCAUUCCCGCUACUGGACGUGGUAUUCAAGCUGCAACAUCACACGCCCUUGGCCAACAUUUCUCAAAGAUGUUCAACAUCACAGUCGAGGACCCUACGGCAAAAGAAGCCGGCAAGUCGGAACACGUCCACGUAUGGCAGAACUCAUGGGGUCUGACUACCCGCUCGAUCGGUGUCAUGAUUCUGACUCACGGAGACAACCGAGGUCUAGUCAUUCCUCCUAGGGUGGCUGAGAUCCAAGUUGUUGUCAUUCCUGUGGGAGUUACCGCCAAGAUGUCUGCCGAGGCCAAGGAAGAUCUUUACAGCAAGGUCAGGAAGAUAUCUGACGACCUUACUGAGGCUGGUGUUCGCGUCGAGACCGACUACCGUGAGGGCUACUCUCCCGGCUGGAAGUUCAACGACUGGGAAUUGAAGGGUAUUCCUCUGCGUAUCGAGUUCGGUCCCAAGGAUGCUGAGAAGGGCGUUGUUACCACUUCCCGCCGCGACAUCGAUGACAAGGAUGCCGCACGUGGCACCAUCGACGUUGACAGCCUUGCGCAAGAAGUUCCCAAGCUACUCGAGCAGAUCCAGAAAGACAUGUUCAACAAGGCUGACAAGGCAUACCGAGACCACCGUAUCCAGCUUACCAACUGGGACGACUUCGUCCCCACCCUCAACGGCAAGAACGUCGUUCUGGUUCCCCACUGCGAGGGCGACAAGUGUGAAGACGAGGUCAAGGCGAAGAGCGCGCGCUCAGCGCUCGGCGAUGGCGUUGCCGAAGAUAAGCAGGCUCCAGCCAUGGGUGCAAAGAGUUUGUGCAUUCCCUUCGACCAGCCUGAGGGCAUCGAGCCUGGCAAGACCAAGUGCAUCAACCCCGACUGCCAGACUCCUGCCAAGCAAUGGAUCUUGUUCGGACGAAGCUACUAG